AAUACCAGGAAGUGGUGCAGUGCACUGUUUUUCAAUGAGAAAAUGAGCUCACUUGUAGAUAUACUGCAAACUUAAGUGUUUUAAUCAGAUCUUUUAUAUUCUGGCAACAGGACAGUUAACUAAUUAACCGCGACUGCAUGAGUUUUAUAAUAGUGUUAGCUUUCACAUGCAUUUUGCUUGCCUUUUGUAGACAAACUUUAACUUCCAGCAAGUCAAACAUCCGUCUUAGCAUCAUGAGACACUUUGCUCAUCCAGCUGCUUUGGCUUAUUCCAUGACAACGUUUGGUGCUGGAAUGAUGAACAGCCUUUUUAGUUUCUACUAUGUAAAGCUAUUCUUAAAUAAGUACAAAAUAUCAGAGACAGCCUUCCAUCAAUCACAGGUUGUCUUUAUGAUCUGGAAUGCACUGAAUGACCCCUUGUUUGGAUAUUUGCAAGACAACUCACGUAUGGAGUGUUGCUCAAGACGAAGGCUCUCCAUUUUAUACGGAGCCCCGCUGUACUGUCUGGCUUUCUUGUUAGCGUGGUUCCCGUGGAGGACGUACGAGCCAGACGACUGGCUGAGUGGCGCCCACCUCAUGGUGACUCUCUGCGCUUUUGACGGCAUGCUCACAUUCGUGCUGUUAGCCCAGUGCGCUCUCUUCGCAGAAAUCUCCGGACACCAUCAGAACAGACUGAGGCUGAUUAAAUACAGCCAGGUGGCGUCUCUAAUGGGCUCCUCUAGUGUGCUGUUCUGUGGUCUCAUUUCCGAAAACAUGGACAACUUUGCUGCCUUCCAGGGCUUCAGUGUGGUUGUGGCCAUAUUGGCCUGUGUUUGCAUGCUGUACACGGGCUUGAACAGCGAGAGUCGAUUUGAUAGUAAAACCUCUGAAGAAGGUUCCCAGAGUCCUGAGAAACCGCCGCUCUCGGUGUCUUCCGUGAUGUCCAUGACCUGGCAGAUCCUUACCAACAGAGACUUCCAGCUGUUUGUAAUCAUGAACUUUUUCCAGGUGUUCAUGGUGACGUUCUGCAAUAACUUCACCAUGAUUUUUGCAGAGCACCUCAUUCCUCAGGAUGUCCUGCCGUCACUUGCCAAGAGCGUCAUGUAUGGAGCUGGAUUCAUCUGCCCUCAGUUGUUGGUUUUGUGCAGCCAGAAUCUUCUCCAUAAGUUUGGCUACUACAGACUCAUUCUGAUCACCUUCUAUGUGGAGGCCGGAGCUGCUGUAUUCAUGUUACUCUUGGGUUCCGGCAGCUACUAUUUCCUUGCAUUGUUCCUUACUUCCAACAUGGUCUUGGUUCAGGCGGCCUUCAGUCUCUUCAAUUUGCCUCUGGCUGAUAUCAUCGACUCUGACUUGCAGAAAUACAAACGGAGCUCUCCUCUCUCGUCCAUGGUUUUUGGGACCAACGCUCUUUUCACGAAGCCGGCACAGUCUCUGGCUCCUAUGCUGGUCGUGUCCAUUCUAAACCAAUAUGGCUAUGCAGAAAUGAAAGAUGUUGGGAAGGCUGCAGAUCCAGUUGCUCUUCAGUCCCUGCACAGUGUCAUGUUUUACCUGGUGUGUGUGGUGCCGUUGUGUGUCACAGCCCUGCAGGUGCUCGCGUGGAGGCCGUUCUCUAUACGAGACAGUCAUACAAUGGACUCAAAGUACAUCGAUGGGUGAAAUUAGCUCACUUUAUUCCAUUUGUAUGUGUUCACUGUAGCAGUUGAUUUAUAUUUGAUUUGGUUGUUAAAAAUAAAGUGAAAAAGGGUACCGUACUGUAGCAAGAAAGGGAAUUUCUAGAUGAAUGAAGUAAUGUAAAGCAGACUUGUGUCUUUGGUGGUUGUUGGUUCUUUAUAUUUACUGUUUAAAGAAUGUGCUCAGAUCACAUAACACAAAUCAGAUCUUCAGAGGUUUGCUGUCUGCACAUAAUCCCACUUAUUCCACUCUAUACAUAAUAAAUAAUGUAUGUAAAACAUAGGUUUGAGUGUAAAUUAUUUGAUUAUGUGUGAGGAGAGAGAGCAUGGAGUGGAAUGCUGUGGCCAAUCAGAAUCAAGUAAUUCAAAGAGUUGUGUAAUAAGUUUCUUACACUGCCCUCCAAAAGUUUGGAAACGCCCGAGAUAAGUGGGGUUUUGGAUCCUGAAUAUUGGUAUGAAUCCUUUUUUACUUUGUGCUGAUAAGGGACAACACAAACUACGAAAACAUAUUUUAUUACAUAAACAGUUUUGCAUAGAAAAAACUUCAAUUUUCGAUUCAUCAAAAUAUCCAGCAUUAGCGGCUAUUUCAGCUCUGCAUAAUCUGGGCCUAAAUUCAUUGUAUUCUAAACUUAACUGGCAAUCAAUUGUUGAAGCUAUUAAGGUGUGCUGACCCAAAAAUCUUUUAAAAACCCGGGUUUAAACCAGUAACCAGGCAUCACAGCUGUCUGACUUUGACAUGUGUAUAUUGCCAUUAUUAUGUCAUCAGAAUGAAAAUUAUUAUUGCUGGUAUUCAGUGAUAAUGUCAAGUUACUUUAAUGUAUUUGCACCAAAAAAUGAUAAGGAUUUAUGCUGAUAUCGUCCAAAACCACACUUUGCCAGGGGUGUUUCCAAACCUUUGGAGGGCAGUGUAUCUAUGUGACACAUUCUCCUCAUUACUACAGCACUGAUGCCAAGUUACAGUACAAACUAAGCUUUGUGAUUAUUGUAGUUACUGAUAAAGGACCAAUCAAAUUUUAAAAGACACUGAGAUUAAUUAAAUUAACAGUAAGCUAUUAAAGGUAUAAUGUAUUCUUUCCUGUGGAUUUACACAGAACCUUAAUUUUGUAUAUAUUUGUAAAUUUCUUAGUGGGAAAAGUUUUGUGGUUGUUACUUGUUAUUUUUCUAUGUCAAUAAACUUGAU